GGUGACACAAUUAUAACAACUUUAUCUUCGCGGCCGAAACGUAUUUUAUUGUCAAAUACUCACAUAUUGGAUAUUUUACUUAGUCGUUCGCAUUUAAAUAGCAGCACAAUAUCACUUUGUGAUGAAAAAUGUGACGUUUGAGGAGCUACCCGGAGAGCGCUUCUAUCCCCCCGAAAGGAUUUACUAUAUUGAAUCGCAUCUUUUCAACCUGGGAAAAAGUUUUUGAUCAAUUUGUUUUCUUCACAUUUUCUUCUUUGAUUCGGCGGAGCGAGCCGUUAGUCCCCGCGUCGCGAUUUUCCAUGCAAUCGUGCGGUGUGUCUCUCGCCGUUGCUGCCUGCGCUGCUGCUCGGAGUCUCGGCUCGGCUUCUUCUAGUGGUAAUGAGGGAAAGAAAAUGGCGGCGGGAAAAGCGAGUGAAACAGAGGAGGACUUUCCGACACUGACAGCCCAGGAGAGGGACAGUUUGGUCGGGAUCGACAGCUCACUGUUUGGAUUUCAGAAGCUUCAUGAAGAUGGCGCCAGAACGAAGGCCCUGUUGAUGAAGGCUGUUCGCUGCUACGAUUCGCUCAUCCUAAAGGCUGAGGGCAAAGUGGAGCCUGAGUUAUUCUGCCAGCUCGGCCAUUUCAACCUCCUCUUGGAGGAUUACCCUAAAGCAUUAUCAGCAUACCAGAGGUACUACAGUUUACAGUCAGACUACUGGAAGAAUGCUGCCUUUCUGUAUGGCCUGGGGAUGGUCUACUUCCACUAUAAUGCCUUUCAGUGGGCGAUCAAAGCAUUCCAGGAGGUGCUGUACAUUGACCCGGGGUUCUCCCGGGCCAAGGAGAUCCACCUGCGUCUGGGUCUCAUGUUCAAGGUCAACACAGACUAUGAGUCAAGCUUAAAGCAUUUUCAGCUGGCUUUGAUUGACUCCAACCCCUGCACUUUGUCCAAAGCUGAAAUUCAGUUCCACAUUGCUCAUUUGUAUGAGAUUCAGAAGAGAUAUCGGGCUGCCAAGGAGGCCUAUGAGAGCCUUUUACAGACUGAGGAUCUUCCUGCACAAGUGAAGGCCACUACCCUGCAACAGCUAGGCUGGAUGCAUCAUACAGUUGAACAGCUUGGAGACCGAGCCGGCAGGGACAGCUAUGCCAUCCAGUGUCUGCAGAAGUCUCUGGAGGCCGACCCAAAUUCUGGACAGUCUUGGUACUUUCUUGGCAGGUGCUACUCUAGUAUUGGCAAGGUCCAGGAUGCCUUCAUCUCCUAUCGGCAAUCCAUAGACAAGUCGGAGGCCAGUGCAGAUACCUGGUGCUCUAUAGGGGUCUUGUACCAGCAGCAGAAUCAGCCCAUGGACGCUCUGCAGGCCUACAUCUGCGCCGUGCAGCUGGACCACAGCCACGCCGCCGCCUGGAUGGACCUCGGCACGCUGUACGAGUCUUGCAACCAGCCACAGGAUGCCAUAAAGUGCUACAUCAAUGCCACACGCAGCAAGGGCUGCACAAACACCGCCGCGCUAACCCACCGCAUCAAAUGUCUGCAGGCUCAGUUGAGUAACCCCCAGCUCAGUAGCCUACAGGGUAAAAGUAAAAUGCUCCCUCUUAUUGAGGAGGCAUGGAGUCUACCAAUCCCAGCUGAGCUAACCUCCAGGCAGGGAGGCCUGAGCAGUGCACCACAGCAGGCUUGUAAGCCUAAUCACAGUGCAGAAGGCGGGGGCUUGGUCCAGUCUCUUCCCCCUCACGUAGGCCAAGCAGAGGACCAGUCAUGCCCAUCGAAAAGGAGGAGAGCCUCCAGCCCUCCUAAGGGUGAUUCAUGGCCCAGUAAUCCUGCACAGCAGCCAGUUCCCAACUGGUACCUCUCCCCACAGAAAUUACAGCUGCUGGAACAGUUGCGGAGUAACCGGGCAAGCCUGAAGCCCCCUCAACUUCAGAUGUUGGAGCAGCUGGAGGCUCAGCUCACCAUGAUGCAGCAGCAUCAGCACCAGAUGAGACAGAAUGCCUCAGGAGGUCAGGUGCGCCCUUCACUCCCCAACGGCCCCACUACCAACUCGCUUCCCUCCCCCAACCCCAGCCUUCACCCCAUCCGCCCCCACAUGGGACCUCACCGGCCCCUGUGCCCGCCUCAGGCACUGGCCAAUGGGCCUGUGGCCCCCGGGACACAUGGAUCAUCAGAGACUCUGCCCGUGGGUGAUACUAGUAACAGUAGUAGUAAUAAUCAGCCAGGGCCCACGGCCACAGGACCCAAUGGAGAUGUGCCUUACCUGCAAUCUGCCGGCAGCGGAGAUGCAGCCCUGCUACCUCACACCUGCACAAGCACGCAAACACAGGACGCAACGCCGCACCAGGCCCUGCACCUAAACUCUUCUCAGGGCCUUCAGAAGGGAUCUGUUCAGCAUGCGACGGGGUCCUGCAGUGAGGGGACCUCCCCUCACCCUCAGACCCCCAACUCCACCACCCCUGCGCAUCCCAACAAUCAGGUUGGACAUUCCUCUAACACCCCAUCGCCACGGCAGCAGCCUCACAACCACCUUCCAUCCCCUCCCUCCCUCCCCCACUCCUCUACCUCAGGUGGAGCAGCACCCAGUGCAUCUGCUACCAAAGAGAGCAAUCCCACAGCCACAUCCGUUGGCAACGGAGGCUCUGAAGGCAAGACGCCAUCGCCACUGCCGGCAGCUGAUGGCAAAACAACACAGGCAGAUGGCCUAGCCAAUCACGUCCAAGUGGGGGAUGAUGCCAAGGAGGAAGAAAGUGUUGAAAAGCCAAGCCUUAGCGCAGACAAUCCUAGACUAUCUGCCCUGCUGGCAGGGGGGAAGGGUCCUGAGCAGGACGAGGGACUAUCACAAGAGACUGCAUCUGCAGUGUCCACCACACCCGAGUCCCACAAAAAAGUCAACAACAUCCACCCGGCUGUCCUGCCCUCCACCCCGCUCGCCCAGGGCAGCUCGGCUGCUUCCUCGCCCAUCUCUGCCAUAUCCACCGCCACGCCCUCACCCAAAUCAUCAGAGCACACCCAAACGGGUGCCCACAGUCCCGCCACCACCACCACCACCACUACCACCACCACCGCUGCCACAUCUACUGCGCCAGCAGUGAAUGGUAAUGGCAAAGGAGGCAUCUCCGAGGACUCUCAAAGCCCACUCAAAGCAGAUCCCCCCACAGUCACCAGCCCUAAAGCUACGCCUCCCCACGGACACAGCUCUUCUUCAUCAUCUUCGUCUUCAAUAUCCAUUUACUCCAGCUCCACAGAUGUACUGAAGGCCUGCAGAAACCUGGGUAAGAACGGUCUGUCCAACAGCAGUAUCCUCCUCGACAAGUGCCCCCCUCCCCGCCUGCCCCCUGCACCCUCACCAGCCCUGCCCAAAGACAAGCUCAACCCUCCCACACCCAGCAUCUAUCUGGAGAAUAAGAGGGAUGCCUUCUUCCCCCCGCUGCACCAGUUCUGCACAAACCCCUCCAACCCUGUCACUGUCAUCAGAGGACUGGCUGGAGCUCUCAAACUGGACCUGGGUCUUUUUUCCACAAAGACGUUGGUAGAGGCCAACCCAGAGCACCUGGUAGAGGUCUGGACUCAGCUCUCUCAGCCCGCUGAUGAGAACUGGGACCCGAACGGCACCAAGAAAAUGUGGCGCUGCGAAAGCGCUCGCUCCCAUACCACUAUCGCCAAAUAUGCCCAGUAUCAGGCUGCUUCCUUCCAGGAAUCUUUACGGGAGGAGAAUGAGAAGAAGGCACUAAAAGAGCCUUCAGACACAGAGCCAGCAUCAGCAGAGAGCGCUGCACGCAAACGAAGGGGGCCGUUAAAGCACAUCAAAUUUGGAACCAACAUCGAUGUGUCGGACGAAAGGAAGUGGAAACAGCAGCUCCAGGAGCUCAGUAAGCUGCCAGCUUUCGCUCGAGUCGUCUCGGCCGGUAACCUACUCAGCCACGUGGGUCACACCAUCCUGGGAAUGAACACAGUUCAACUCUACAUGAAGGUCCCUGGAAGCAGGAUACCAGGUCACCAGGAACAUAACAACUUCUGUGCCGUCAACAUUAACAUUGGACCGGGAGACUGUGAAUGGUUUGCUGUACCAGAGCCCUACUGGGGAGUGAUGAGCAACUUCUGUGAGAAGAACAACAUCAACUUCCUGAUGGGCUCAUGGUGGCCCAACCUGGAGGAUCUGUAUGAGGCAGACGUGCCCGUCUACCGGUUCAUCCAGCGUCCGGGUGACCUGGUGUGGCUCAACACGGGCACCGUCCACUGGGUACAGGCCAUCGGUUGGUGCAACAACAUCGCCUGGAACGUUGGACCUCUGACAGCUCACCAGUACAAGCUGGCAGUCGAGCGUUAUGAAUGGAACAAGCUCCAGAGUGUGAAGUCCAUGGUUCCCAUGGUGCACCUCUCUUGGAACAUGGCACGCAACAUCAAAGUGUCUGAUCACAAGCUCUUCGAGAUGAUCAAGUACUGCUUGCUUCGGACACUGAAGCAGUGCCAGUGGGUGAAGGAGGCCUUGGCAUCAGCUGGCAAAGAGACAGUACUGAGGCCGAGGACCAGGGAUGAGCCGGCACACUACUGCACCAUCUGUGAGGUGGAGGUGUUCAACCUGCUGUUUGUACGUCGUGAACUUCUGUCCAAGAAGCAGUAUGUGGUCCACUGUCAGGACUGUGCGAGAAAAGGCAGUGCUACGCUGGACGACUUCGUAGUGCUGGAACAGCACAGGAUGGAUGACCUGAUGCAGGUCUACGACCAGUUCACAUUAGCCCCUCCUCUUCAUUCAUCUUCAUCUUGACAUUAGGUGACAUUUCUCCUUUUUUUUCUCUCUCUCUUUUUUUUUUUUCUUCUGCUUUGGAGCCAUGAUGCCCAUUCACAGAACUCGUAUUAAGAUGGGGAAGGUUGGGGAAGAAGAAAACACGAACAUCUACAUACACGGACCAUUUCUGAUAUUCAGGAAAGCCAAGGCCGUCUCCCCACUCUCAUCAUCACCCUGUAUGGCUGGUCUCCAUAGCGACGGCUGGAGGCUGAGUGCGUCUGUCUAUGCAACCUGUUUGAAGUGCUGGGGUCCAGCCCUUCCACAUGGGGGCGCCACCAAGCCCACCAACAGGACUUGUCUCUCUUCUCUCUCCUCUCCCCCCUCCCAACCCCCCCUCUAGGGACAAUGGCUCAGCCCUGUUGUAAUGGAGGACUUAAUCACAAAUGGUUGGGAAUGGGCGAUGAAGGGGAGGAGUGGGAUUCUUCAGUGCUUGAUUAAAAAUGUUUUGUAGAUACUUGUUAACUGUCAUAACUGGCAACACCACCUGUAAAAGACUACUGACUUAAAAACUUCACCCUCUCUAUCCCUCUCUUUACUCUCUCCUGGAUGAACAGGAUGAAAUGUUGGCUUUGAUUUAUAGAUUUCCCUCUGAUUUUAUUCAGUUUUCAGUCCGUCUAAGGAGCACUAGCCUAACUGGUCUUUUUCUAUGGUAGAUAGUAAUUAAGGAACUCUUUGGACAGCAAAAUCUCCCAAAAAAAUUUGUAAUGUGAAAAGUUGGUUGAUUUGUUUUUAUUUUUUACAGCUUUUAUGUUUUAUCUUUGUCUUGUUCUUUUCAAAACUAUGACAUUUUGUUUCUUAGGUAAAAAGAAAAAUCAAAAAAAAUUACUAGCCAAGUCACAAAGAAAAUGGGUUGCACAUAGACUUAUGGAAUAAAGUUUAAUUUGUGAUUUUUGUUUCGUUAUGUUUCUAAUCUUGAUGUAAAUUUACACUAUUUAUAAAUACGUAUUUAUUGCUUGAAAAUAUUUGUUGAUGGAAUGCUGUUAUUUUUUCCAAAAUACCUGCCAUUAAAUUUGAAGGAGUUUUGUCAUUUUAACACAACUCCUUUUACAUUUUCUAUAUAUAAAUAAAAUUGCUUAGCAAGCAUUGUACAGAAACGAACAUUUAAAAUUGUUUUAUUGUUUGAAGAAUGUUUUAUGAUGAGUCAAUAAACACAAAGUUGUCAAAGUA